GCCUUCCAGGCGUGGAUCGGGAUCCCCUUCUUCUGCAUGUACAUCGUGGCUCUGGUGGGGAACGGGACCAUUCUGUGGGUUAUCAGGACAGAGCCAGCCCUGCACCAGCCCAUGUACCUCUUCCUUUGCAUGCUGGCCUCCAACGACCUCCUCCUCUCCACCUCCAUGGCUCCGAAGAUGCUGCAGGUGCUGUGGCUGGGCUCCAGGGAGAUCGGCUUCGACGCCUGCCUGGGCCAGAUGUACUUCAUCCACACCUUCUCCAUCAUGGAGUCCGCCAUCUUGCUGGCCAUGUCCUUCGACCGCUACGUGGCCAUUUGCCACCCUCUGCACUACGCCACCAUCCUCAGCUGCCCCGUGGUGGUGAAGAUGGGGCUGGCAGCAGUCGCCCGGGGCGUGCUCUUGGUGAUUCCUUGCCCGGUCCUCAUCAGAAGGCUGCCCUACUGCUUCCGGAGGGUCAUUCAACACACCUACUGCGAGCACAUGGCUGUGGUCAAGCUGGCCUGUGCGGACACCACCCUCAACCGGACCUACGGAAUCUGCGUGGCUCUCUUGGUGGUGGUGCUGGACCUGGGGCUGAUUGCUGCCUCCUACGGCAGGAUCCUCCAAGCCGUCUUCCGGCUGUCCUCACAAGAGGCCCGGGCAAAGGCUCUGGGGACCUGCGCAGCCCACGCCUCCACCCUCCUGGUGACUUACGUGCCAGCCCUCUUCUCCUUCCUCACCCACCGCAUUGGCAAGCACGUGCCUCCAUACAUCCACAUCUUGCUGGCCAGCCUGUACCUUCUGCUGGCCCCCACCGUGAACCCGCUGGUGUAUGGCGUGAAGACGCGGCAGAUCCGCCAGCGGGUGCUGAGACUUUUCAGCCAGGGGGAAAAGACCCUUGUGGGUCACUAG